AUGUCAACAGAGUUAAAAAGAUGGGUAGCUGAUCAAAUGACCGAUAUACUUGGUUUCAGAGAGAAUACUUUAGUUGAUUAUAUAUUGGCAUUGGCAAAGAAGAGUAAUAAUAAUGUAGAUAAAUUAGUUUCAGAGUUAGAGAGUAAUGAUUUCCCAUCGAAUGCAAACACCAGAGAGUUUGCUGGUAGUCUAUUACAAAGAAUGCCUUCAUCAUCCACCACCACAACCAAGACAUCAAACAGUAAAUCUCAAAAAGAACAAGAAAAAGAUAGAGAAAAACAAACACUAGAUAUACUUAAAAUGAAUGAAUCAUAUCAAAUCAUACGUGAUAUUCAAGAUAAUGAAAGUAGUAGUAGUAGUGAAGAUGAAAAGAGAAAGAAAAAAGAGAAAAGAGAGAAGAGAGAGAAAGAAAGAGAAAGAGAAAGAGAAAGAGAGAAAGAAAAAGAUAGAAAAAAAGAUAAAGAUAAUGAUAGAGAAAAGGAAAGAGAAAGAGAAAGAGAAAAAGAUAGAGAUAAAGAAAGAUAUAAUGAUAAAGAUAGAAAUAUUAGAAAGAAAUCAAAUGAUAAUGGUUGGGAAGAUGAUGAUACUGUUGUUGUUUCAUCAAGAGAGAGAUCUGGUUCAUCAAGGGAAAAACGAGAUUCAGAUGAUAGAGAGAAAGAAUUGGAGAGUGAAGAUGAAUACGAGAGAGAACAAAGAGAGAUAAAAGAGUAUAAUGAAAGAUUGAAACAGCGAGAUCUUGACAAGACAAAGAAGAAAGGUGGUGAUUAUCAAGGUUCGAAACAUGGUCAGGAUGAAUCAGAGAGAAGAAAACAAAUGAAAGAUAAAAACGAUCAGUUCGAGAGAGACAGAGUUACAUCGAGAAGAAAGUUUUUAGUUGGUGAAGAACAGAAACGUUUGGUAUUGUUGAAGCGAGAGUUGGAUGAUGAAUACGAGUUGUUCAAGAAUGAAAAACUGACAGCAAAAGAGAUUAAAGAGUACGAAAAGAAGAAGAAACUCUAUGAGUUGGCAAGUCAGAAGAUCAACGAUAUCAUUGAGGACGAUCACUACAGAUUGCCUGGUCAAGCGAAUAAAGACGAUAUGUUGAAGCCAAAGUUUGAUACCGGUAGAUCGACAAGAGGAAAUAGAGAGGAGAAUCUUAGUUUUAAUCCUGAACAACGUGAAUGGGAGCGUACACAGAUGGCUGCUGCUCAAGAGCAAAACAUUCAAGGUCGCAACAACAAUGAGGAGCAAUAUGACUUUGUAUUCGAUGAUCAAAUCAGUUUCAUCAAGGAACAAGUCAUCACUGGAAAGAAAGACGAUGCUGUGGAAACACUGCAGGUAGGCGAUGAACCGCAAGUUAAAGCGAAAUCCAUUGCUGAAGUACGUAAAUCACUGCCAAUCUAUCCGUAUAGAGAGCAGUUGUUGGAGGCUGUUGCAGAGUAUCAGGUGAUUAUCAUUGUCGGUGAAACAGGUAGUGGUAAAACCACACAGAUUCCUCAGUAUCUUCAUGAAGCUGGAUACACCAAGCGUGGCAAAGUCGGAUGUACUCAGCCACGUCGUGUUGCAGCCAUGAGUGUAGCUGCGCGUGUAGCCGAGGAGAUGAAUUGUAAACUCGGUAAUGAAGUUGGAUAUUCCAUUCGUUUCGAAGAUUGCACCAGUGACAAGACAGUGCUGCAGUAUAUGACUGACGGUAUGUUGGUUCGUGAAUUCCUAACCACUCCGGAUCUGUCAAACUACAGUGUGUUGAUCAUUGACGAAGCUCACGAGAGAACACUACACACCGAUAUUCUGUUUGGUUUGGUCAAGGACGUCGCUAGAUUCCGACCGGAUUUGAAACUAUUGAUUUCCUCUGCCACGCUGGAUGCCGAUAAAUUCAGUGCUUACUUUGACGAUGCACCUAUUUUCAAUAUUCCAGGUCGUCGUUAUGAAGUUUCCACUCAUUACACACAGGCACCGGAAGCAGAUUAUCUCGAUGCAGCAGUUGUAACAGUUCUACAGAUUCACAUUACAGAGCCACUUGGUGAUAUCUUGGUGUUUCUAACCGGUCAGGAAGAAGUCGAUACCGCAGCAGAACUCCUAUUACAGAGGACAAGAGGACUUGGCUCGAAAAUCAAGGAGCUUAUCAUCACUCGUAUCUACGCAACUCUUCCAACCGAUCUACAAGCCAAGAUCUUUGAGCCUACACCUCCCAAUGCAAGAAAAGUAGUACUGGCAACAAAUAUUGCAGAGACUUCUCUCACUAUCGAUGGUAUCGUCUAUGUUAUAGAUCCUGGAUUUUGUAAACAAAAGAAUUAUAAUCCUCGAACUGGAAUGGAGUCGUUGUCUAUCAUGCCAGUUUCGAAAGCAUCUGCUAAUCAGCGAAAGGGUAGAGCCGGUAGAGUUGCACCAGGCAAAUGCUUUAGAUUGUUCACCGCAUGGGCAUACGAGAAUGAAUUGGAAGAUAACACAGUACCGGAAAUUCAGAGAACCAAUCUAGGAAAUGUUGUAUUAUUACUGAAGAGUAUGGGAAUCAAUGAUUUGAUACAUUUCGAUUUUAUGGAUCCACCACCAGCAGAGACACUCAUUAAAGCACUCGAACAACUUUAUGCACUCGGAGCACUAAACGAUCGUGGUCAACUCACAAAACUGGGUAGAAGAAUGGCUGAAUUCCCAUUGGAUCCACAGCUUUCAAAGAUGAUAAUAGCUUCUGAAAAAUAUAAAGUAACUGAAGAGAUUAUGACAAUAUGUGCAAUGUUAUCUGUUAAUAAUACAAUUUUCUAUAGACCAAAAGACAAGGCAAUACAAGCGGAUGCAGCAAGAAAGACAUUCUCACAUCCACAAGGAGAUCAUUUGACUUUACUCAAUGUGUUUAAUCAUUGGCGAGAAAGUGGUUACUCUACUCAGUGGUGUUUUGAGAAUUUCAUUCAACAUAGAACUAUGAAGAGAGCACAAGAUGUCAGAGAACAACUCGAGGGUUUGAUGGAACGUGUUGAGAUACAGGUUGAAUCGAAUCCCGACGACACUGACGCCAUUCGAAAGUCGAUUGCCUCUGGUUUCUUUUAUCAUACAGCCAAGUUGGAGAAUAGUGGAACCUAUCGAACAACCAAACACAAUCAGUCCGUACAGAUUCAUCCGUCGUCUUGUCUAUUCCAAAGUGCACCGAAAUGGGUUAUCUAUCAUGAGUUGGUAGAGACCACUAAGGAAUUCAUGCGUCAAGUAAUUGAAAUUCAACCACAAUGGCUCGUAGAGAUAGCUCCUCAUUUCUAUAAAGAGAAAGAUAUUGACUCUGAAAAUAAGAAACUACCCAAAGCAAGAGGUAAAGCACAAAUAAAUUAA